GACCGAACCUAAAUUGCAGACAAAGAGCGAAGCUAAUAUCCGGUAAAAACAAUAGUUGAGCGACUACGUUUAAUUGCUACAAUGGAUGGCAGUUAUUUUGGACAAAUGUUUGCAAUUGAUCUCUCGGAAGACCAGACAUUUUGUGACAUCUGCUGAACAAAGAUUAGUGAGUAGUUGUUAGCAUUUUUAGGGUGAAUCGAGCAUCUUCCUCUAGUUUCCUUCGUACUACGUCGGCGUCGUUUUCCUGAAAAAAAAAAAAAUGCCGCUUGGUUUGAAACCGUGUUGUGCUGCGUGUAAGACGAACUCUUCCUCCAUGUGGAAAAAGGGAAGCCAAGGGGAGAUCCUGUGCAAUAACUGCACGGGGAAGAGCAGCAGCGCCACGGCGGCAGGACCUUCCAUGUCAUUCAGCGCUCAGCCCAGUAAUGGCGGAGGGAAGCAGUCCAAGCAGGAGAUACACCGGAGGUCUGCGCGGCUGAGAAGUACCAAAUACAAAGCUCCUGCUUCUGAGAAGAAAGUGUCAACAAAAGGAAAAGGAAGGAGACAUAUUUUCAAACUAAAAAAUCCAAUCAAAGCUCCUGAAUCUGUAGCAACGAUCGUCACUUCAGAAUCUGUAUUUUAUAAGGGGGUUUACUACCAGACAGGUGAUGUGAUCAAGGUGAUAGAUGAGGAUGACGGGAAGCCCUACUAUGCUCAGAUUCGAGGAUUUGUGCAGGACCAGUACUGCGAAAAAAGUGCAGCACUAACGUGGCUCAUUCCCACCCAGGCCAGCCCAAAGGACAGGUUUGAUCCUGGGACUUACAUUGUCGGUCCAGAGGAAGAUCUGCCCAGAAAGAUGGAGUACCUUGAGUUUGUGUGCCAUGCACCCUCUGAGUAUUUCAAGUCCCAGAGCUCCCCGUUUCCCACUAUCCCCAUAUGUCCUGAAAAAGGCUACAUUUGGACCCAUAUAGGACCUUCACCAGCAUUCACUGUCAAAGAGUCUAUCAGCACCACCAGUUAACAAACAGUAUUGGUAAAAUAAUUGUAAUUAUGCAGAGUAUGUACAUGUUUGUAUUUGUAAAUAAAACCAACUUUUGUUUUUCAU